AUGGCAGUGGACGAAGGAUCAAAGUCGCUGGCGUUUGCCAUCUCUGACUGGCUGCAGAGCAAGGAUGUUGCGGAUGUGGACGCUACGAAGCUGAAGCAGGCGUCGGCGCUGAUUAACGAGGCGUUCGGCGUGGACACCGCGAGUGCGGGCGACCGCAGCACGUACGCCAAGGGCUCGCCCGGGCUGCGGGCCAUCUUUGACGUGUUCCUCAAGGCGCAGAAGAAGGUGGCGCCUUCCGCCGAGAAGCCCGCUGCUGAGGAGAAGAAGGACGUUUCGGAUGCGGACCUUGCCGAGGCCGAGAAGCUCAAGAACGACGGCAACAAGUUCAUGACCGCCAAGGACUACGGCGCGGCGCUCAACGCGUACACCAAGGCGAUUGAGCUGAACGGCAACUCGCCCGUCUUUUACUCGAACCGUGCGGCGGCCUACUCGCAGACGGGUCAGCACGACGAGGCGAUCGCCGACGCGAAGAAGGCCGCGGAGAUCGACCCCAAGUUUGGCAAGGCGUACUCGCGCCUCGGCCACGCGCUCUUUGCCUCGGGCAAGUACGAUGAGGCGCUUGCGGCCUACGAGAAGGGCUACGAAGUCGACCCUGCGAACAAGCUCAUGAAGUCGGGUCUCGACGCGUGCAAGGCGAAGCUCGCGGACGGCUCGCGCGACGGCGCAGUGACGGCGUCCCCCGGCGGCGAUGCGCCCGAGAUGCCCAACCUUGGUGGUGCCGGCGGCGGCGCGGGCGGCAUGCCCGACCUCGGCUCGCUGCUCAACAACCCCAUGCUGGCGCAGAUGGCGCAGCAGAUGAUGUCGAACGGCGGCCUGGAGCAGCUCAUGAACAACCCGAUGCUGCGCAACAUGGCCGAGCAGUUUGGCGGGUCCGGUGGCCAGAUGCCCGACCUGAACGCGAUGAUGAGCAACCCCCAGCUCCGGCAAAUGGCUCAGCAGUUUAUGGGUGGCGCCGGCGGCGGCGCUGGCGGCGCCAAACCUGCUGAUAUCGGCCUGAUCGGCCUGGCUGUCAUGGGCCAGAACCUGAUUCUCAACAUGAACGACAAGGGCUUCACGGUCGCUGCGUACAACCGUACGACCUCCAAGGUGGACAACUUCCUUGAGAACGAGGCCAAGGGCACCAAGGUGGUCGGUGCGCACUCGCUCCAGGAGUUUGUGUCGCUGCUCAAGCGCCCCCGCAAGAUCAUCCUCCUGGUCAAGGCCGGCCCCGCGGUCGACUCGUUCAUCGACCAGCUCAUCCCCCUGCUUGAGAAGGGUGACAUCAUCAUCGAUGGUGGCAACUCGCACUUCCCCGACUCGAACCGCCGCACGAAGGAGCUCGAGGAGAAGGGCCUGCUCUUUGUCGGCUCCGGUGUGUCCGGUGGCGAGGAGGGUGCGCGCCACGGCCCCUCGCUGAUGCCCGGUGGCAGCGCUGCCGCCUGGCCCGAGAUCAAGGAGAUCUUCCAGAAGACCGCCGCACAGAGCGACGGCGAGCCGUGCUGCGACUGGGUCGGCGAUGGCGGUGCGGGCCACUACGUCAAGAUGGUCCACAACGGUAUCGAGUACGGCGACAUGCAGCUCAUUGCCGAGGCCUACUCGAUCCUCAAGCUCGGUCUCGGCCUUGAGGAGAAGGAGAUCUCGGAGAUCUUUGGCCAGUGGAACAAGGGCGUGCUCGACUCGUUCCUGAUCGAGAUCACGCGCGAUGUGCUCGCGUACAACGACACCGACGGCCAGCCGAUGGUGCCCAAGAUCCUCGACAGCGCGGGCCAGAAGGGCACCGGCAAGUGGACCGCGAUCAACGCGCUGGACCUCGGCCAGCCCGUGACGCUGAUCGGCGAGGCGGUCUUUGCCCGCUGCCUGUCGGCGCUCAAGGAGGAGCGUGAGCGUGCCUCCAAGGUCCUCAGCGGCCCCAAGAUCAAGCCGUUCGAUGGCGACAAGAAGCAGUUCAUCGACGACCUCGAGCAGGCGCUGUACGCUUCCAAGAUCGUCUCGUACGCCCAGGGCUUUAUGCUCAUGCGCGAGGCUGCCAAGGAGUACAACUGGACGCUGAACAACCCCUCGAUCGCUCUGAUGUGGCGCGGCGGCUGCAUCAUCCGCUCCGUCUUCCUCAAGGACAUCACCAACGCCUUCCGCAAGAACCCGACGCUGGAGAACCUGCUCUUUGACGACUUCUUUGCCAACGCCAUCCAGAAGGCCGAGGACGGCUGGCGCCGCAUCAUUGCGCAGGGCGUCCUGUGGGGUGUCCCCACGCCUGCCUUCUCGUCCGCGCUCGCGUUCUUCGACGGCUACCGCCUCGCGACCGGCUCGGCGAACCUGCUCCAGGCCCAGCGCGACUACUUUGGCGCCCACACCUUCCGUGUGAUGCCGGGCAAGGAGAACGACCACUUGAAGAAGGGCGAGGACAUUCACAUCAACUGGACCGGCCGCGGCGGCAACGUCUCGGCUUCGACCUACAUUGCCUAA